AUGACAUCACCCAGCCCCAACCUAACCUCCUCGGGAAUAACCAUCCCCUCGGACAGCGAAAACUACGACGCCAACAACGAACUCUCCAGCACCUCCAGCAGCACAAACACCACCACAUCAUCCCCCCUGAUCCUGUACAAACCACCCACACUAUGGGGCCUACUCCGCGGCGCAGCAAUUAAUCUCCUCCUGCCAUUUAUCAACGGGUUGAUGCUUGGGUUUGGCGAGUUGGUUGCGAAUGAAGCUGCGUAUCGGUUGGGGUGGAGUGGGACCAAGGAGGGGAGAUAA